AUGGCGAACAAGUGGUGGACCGAGGGCUGCGUGCGGCUGGAGGCGAAGGGAGGCCGAUGGGGAGUGGAGCGGGAGGAAAGGGUUCGUGCCUGCCGACGGGUGAAGCCGGGAAAGGUCAGGCGAAAGUUGGGACCGGCGGGACUCGCGUCUAGUAGCGCUUGUCGAUCGCCUAAAGACUGCGCGAUCACAUGCCUCGAAGAAGGGGGUUGCGAUGGCUGCCGUGUCCAGUCUCAACCCGGACCACGAGGCCGGUCAGGGACGGGCUGGCGUAGGACGAGCCGGAUCCGAGCCCAGCUGGGCGAGCAGGAGGAGGAUUCGCGCGCCCCAACUGACCAACCACAAGAGACGAGCCGUCGCGAAUCAGCAGUUGUGGUCACUAUGACUUCCUACAGGGAGCGGAUAUGA